AGGAGGCGCCCAGGGUUGCUUCGUGUUCUGUCUCUGGUGGAUGCACAGACCAUCAUCCUCUCCUUUGGCUUUAUGAGAAGGGAAAGGCUGGCCAUUGCUUGUGGCUGCAUCAGAUGCAGCCCAGGCCUUUUCUGGAAGAAACCAGGGAAGCCCUGGCUGCUGCCUCGGUCAAAGGUUCUUCAUGAGUUGACUAUGAUAUCUGAAGGAGAUUGCUGCUAAAAGUGAGGAAGAGGAAGUAGAAGCAUGACUUAAAUCAGAGUCCUGUGGUUUUGGAAGUCACUGCAAAUGACCGCUUUACGGAAGAUGCUGGGAGACAGGGUGCUGACGGAGGUCAAGGGAGACCUUUACAAGGACCUCUCCUUUCCAGCGAAUGAUGACUCCCUUUUUUUUAACUACUCGACUCCACUGGCUCAUUUCCGAGGAGAGAUUUGUUGGCUGAGACCUCAGGAGAUUUGCUCUCUACCUCGCUUGUUUUCAGACAAUCAUUACGAAUGGCAAGUCAAGCAAGGGAUGCUGGGAGAUUGCUGGUUCCUGUGCGCUUGUGCCGCUUUACAGAAGAGUAAAUACCUUUUAGCCAAGGUGAUACCUCCUGGUCAGCCCAGCUGGAGAGAUGAGAAGUACAGAGGCUGCUUCACUUGCCGCGUCUGGCAGUUUGGCCACUGGGUGGAGGUCACCAUAGAUGACCGCCUGCCUUGCUUGGGAGGCAAACUCUGCUUCUCCCAGUGCCAGACGGAGGAUGUCUUUUGGCUUCCCCUGCUAGAAAAAGCUUAUGCCAAGGUACAUGGCUCUUACGAGCAGCUCUGGGCCGGCCAGGUUGCAGAUGCGCUUGUGGACCUGACCGGAGGUUUAGCAGAAAGGUGGGCCCUAAAAGACCUUGGCCGAAGCACCGAAAGGGAGCGGGCAGGCAAAGUCUUGGAGAAAUCGGUCUUUAGGAGACUCAUGAACCUGAAGGAGAAAUGUGUGAUGAGCUGCUCUGUCUUCAGCUCUCGGCAAGGGACCAGUGAACUGGGGGAGUUCCAUGCCUUCAUUGUUGUCGACAUGCAAGACCUCUCCAAAGUGUCCAGGAAGGAUAUUAUCUUAUUGAGGAUACGCAACCCCUGGGGGAGACGCUGUUGGAAGGGGCCUUGGAGGGAGGGGGGACCUGGAUGGAGCCAGCUAGACCCAGUGGUUGCUACAGAACUGUUGUCCCAGAUCCAGGAAGGAGAAUUCUGGGUAGAAGAGGAGGAAUUUUUUGCCGAAUUUGAUGAGAUCAUCACCGGGUACCCGAUUACGGAAGAAGGGCAGCUGCAAAGCCUUUACACUGAAUAUUGCAAGAUGUUGCUCAGCCCAUUUGCCAACAGUUUUCUGCUUUUGCAUUUGCCAGUGAUGUCUUUGAAAACAGUUGAAAAGAAACAGUUUAACCUUCCCAAGACGCUCUCCAUGCCCCCAAUUUCAGGCACUGUUUGCCAUUCCUACAACCGGGAGGUGCACCUGCACUGCGACCUCUCGCCUGGCUAUUACCUUGUUGUCCCAAGCACCUUCCUCAAUGAUGCUGAAGGAAACUUCCUCCUUCGGGUCUUCUCCAGCGGACGAAUCUCCCUCAGCGAAAUAAAACUGCCAUCGCCUGACAAUACUGUCCGUGAAGAGCUGCCCAGAGGCGAGUGGGAGACGGCCCGGCUGGAGGGCUAUUGGAGGAAAGGGCAGAACGCCGGGGGCAGCAGGAACUUCCCUUCCUUUCACACCAACCCCUGCUUUCCGCUGUUGGUCCCUCCAGGUUUGGGGCAGAGAAGCAUCAGGGUAGCCCUCCGCCAGCACUGCCCAGACAACAAGUGCCACCCAAUUGGGUUUCAUAUCUUCCAGGUUCCCACGGAUAACAACAACAUCAAAAUGCCUUCAACAGCUUUCUUGCACUUGGAGCCAGUGGUUAGUUGUGUACCUCACAGCUACUCACAGGAAGUAAGCCAAGUAUGCCGACUGACUUCAGGAAAUUAUGCCAUCGUUCCAUCAACAUACUUACCUGAUACGGAAGGCACCUUCACAGUUAUUGUAGCAACCAAAAUAGAAAGGAAAAGCAUUCAGAGCAAGGAGACCUUGGGUCAAAGGUUGCAAGAGAUCUCCUUUAAAGCUGUGAUGAAAGUGUAGUUUGGAAUUCCAGUAUCCAUCAGGGGGAAAACCAUAAUACAGUAAUAAUUGCAAAGCCCUUUUCUCUUUGAAAUGAAAGGAUCAAGGAACGUCAGGUCCAGCGAAUGUCUUGGUGCAGCAGCAUCUGGCUCUCAUUCCCAACUUUUCUGUAAAACAAACUCACAAACCUUUCCAUUUAUUAAUUUUUCAAAUAAGAUGCCCAUUUGAACUUCAGCCUGGGUUGCCAUCGCUUGCCAGGGAUUUCCAUGGACUUUGCUCCGUGUGCUUCUCUUCCAGCUCCUCCUGCUUAUCUGGGGAAGGAUGAUGUUGUCCUUGUUCUGUGUCCAAAUUCUUUUCUAUUCAUUUCUCUAUGUAUCUGGUGUGUGUUCAUAGUAAAGGCUGCUUCUGGUUUCAUACGGAAAGAAUAAUGGUUGGGGGAAAGAGGCUUGGGAGAAAAAUUGGGGUUUUUUUGCAGGAAAGAUUUGUUUUUAACAGAAGAAGGUUGUAAUAAAUAAUAGCUGGAUUUUUUAUUAUUAUUAUUAUUAUUUAUGCCAGAUUCCUUUAGGCCUGCUCAGAUCUUGGAAGAGUUGUUAUUUUGGGGGAGUAUAACUUCCAGAACCUCCCAGCCCAGUUUUAAAAAAUGUUGCUGGGGAUUCUGGGAGUUGGAGUUCCCAGUGUUUCCAAGCUUUGGGAUGCUAUCCCCCAUUUACUUAUUUAUUUAUUUCAUUUCAUUUCAUUUCAUUUCAUUUCAUUUGAAGUUGCACACUGCUUGCCUAGUACUUGACAAUCCUCAUUUUUCCCCACCCUGCGCUAUGAAGGCAAUAAAUACACGAUUUCUUCAAUAUUAAACCUCCCUCUAUUCUGCUGGGGAGAUGACAAUGAUGAUGAUACUAAUCAUGAUUUGGAGCCAUGAUGAUACUAAUACACUAGUCUGUGAUACUGGUGAUGCUAAAGAUGAGGAGGAGGAGGAGGAAGAAAAGGACUUGGAAUGAUCCCUCUGUGCCUUGCAUCUUCUUCCAUGUCAGCGGUGCAGUGAAACUGCUCUCAGUUUCAUUUCCAUCCUUUCAAAGAGCUAUUUUGCGAGUGGGGAUCAUCACCCAAUGGGGAUUCAAGGUUUGGCUACAACCCUGGAGACCAGGGUUCGAAUCUCCACUCGACCGUGGAAAUCCAUUGGGUGUCCUUGGGCAAGACAUACUCUCACAUCCUCGGAGAAAGGCAAAAGCAAGAAGAAACCUGGCCAAGAAAACCCCAUGAAAGAUUUGCCUUGGGGGUCACCAUAAGCGGGAAAUGAUUUGAAGGUGCACCACAACAAUAAUCAGCGCCUUGGCCAACUCCUUUAAGGUCUGCAAUGAAUCCCACAGUGGAGUCACUGAACGCCUUGAAUUUGAAGUCUUAAAGGAAACCAAGAGGGGAUUCGCUGUACUCGACAUGGAAAGCUGUGUUUGCAUUCAACCUAAACAAGGCCCUGCUAAACUGGCUCCAUAUGUCCUCCUUACUCCUCCAAUGCUGAAUUUCCUUGGUACCUUUACUUGCUUCCCACUCCAUAGAGUUCAUGUCUUGCACCCUGGUCUUCACCUUUAGACUAUGGGACUUCUCUUUGCUCAGUUGAAGUAACACUGGAAAGAAAGAAAGCCCCUUCCCAAACGAUGGCUUUAGUACUAGCACUAUGUAAUACAGGCAUCCUGAGUUUAUUUGGCAGGUUAGGAACCAGGGCACUGUCAAAAAGGGGAACUGGUUGAAAAGAGGAAUCCAGUCUUUUUUAAAGCUUGCAAAUGCAAGACUCAGUGCUGCAUGGGGCCAAAUUGACCAAGAGGGAAAAAACAGCACAUCAAGCAGGCAGAGUCUGCAUCUGCACUGCAGAAAUAAUCCAGUUUGUCACCACUUUAACUGCCAUGGCUCAACACUGUGGAAUCCUGUGGUUUGUUGUGGUACCAGUGCUCUCUGACAGAGAAGGCUAAACGACUAGCAAAACUACAGUUCCCAGAAUUCCAUAGCAUUGAGCCAUGACAGUUAAAGUGGUGUCAAGCUGGAUUAUUUCAGCAAUGCAGAUGCAGCCAGAAAGGGGGAAAAGCAGCGUGUGGCUAAAAGAGCAAACCAGAAACCGAAAGUGUGGUACAUGGCUAUAAUUUAGAUCAGUCAAAACAGAAUGUCAGAAAAUUAGUUCUCAAAAAACAGGGGAGGCUUGUACUAGUUUUACCUGUAUAAUUAAUAUCAAAUAUUGUCUUCCCGUGACGGAGGCAUAAAGUUUCUGAACAUUUAUUGCAGCUAUUAAACAAGUGUAAGUUAUUCAAUGAAUUAAACAAGGAAGCUUUUUUCAGAAGGCCUUCAUUGGAAAUGAGAAAUGAUCUUCUGUAAAAGCUGGAGAUGAUGAUCCGGGUAAAAGGGCAGGAAUUGUGUGUGUGAUGGAUUUUUAGGCAAAAUAGUUUAAAGUUAUUAUUUGAUGAGGGUUUAUGCCUCCUUUUGUGUGCAGGCAACUGUGUUUUCAAUAGACUUUCCUGUCAUCUUUCCUUGGAAAGCAUUUCAAUGUGCAGUUUGGAAAUAUGCAUUUUUAAAAAAUGAAGAAGGCGGUGGUUGAAAUGUCUUUUGGGAAAAAAAUUAAAAUGUUCAGCGGCAUCUUUUAAGCACAA